AUGGUAAGCUAUCAGAAACUGCUAGGGAAGCUUAUCUACCUCACCAUUACAAGACCAGACAUUUGUUUUGUUGUCCAAGUUUUAAGCCAGUUUAUGCAGAAUUCAAAGCAAUCACAUUUGGAUGCUGCAUUGAGGGUAGUUAGAUAUCUAAAAGGAUCACCAGGAAUGGAAUUUCUGUUAAAGAAAGGAGCAAUAGAAGAAAUCAUAGCUUAUUAUGAUGCAGAUUGGGCAGCUUGCCCAAGUACAGGAAGGUUUAUGAUUGGUUAUGUAAUAAAACUAGGAGAAUCACUGAUCUCAUGGAAGUCAAAAAAGCAGUCAACUGUGAGCAGGAGCUCUACUGAAGCAGAAUAUAGAAGCAUGACAGCAGUGACUUCAGAGUUGGUUUGGCUAGUGCGCUUGCUGAAGGAGCUGGGAUUAACUGUAAAAGAGCCAGUGAUGUUGCACUGUGAUAGCAAAGCAGCUAUGCAAAUUGCAGCCAAUCCAGUCUACCAUGACAGAACAAAACAUAUAUAA